UACACGCGUCCAUAAAGUGGUGUUGGCUGCAAUGCGCUCCCGUGCGGUAGGUGGCAGUAUGCGGCUCAGAUUUCUACUAGCUUGCGUAACGUUGAGAGGACGCGGACGAAGAAGGGCAUCAUAACAACAAUAAUGACAAGUGAAGGGAAAUAAGGAACUUUAAUCUGGCUGUAGCAGUGGAGAGCAAAGAGAAGUUUGACAUUAUGGAGGCUGUGGUUGACUUUCUCAACAUGUUCCAUGUCAACGCCAGUGGGUUCUCCGUGACGCUCAGCCUCUUCCUCAUCUUUCUGGGUCUUCUCUACUGGUAUUCAGUUUACCCCUUUUCAGUCCUUUCUCGAUGUGGCAUCAAACAUCCAAAGCCAAUACCUUUCUACGGAAACAUAUUCAUGUUUCGCCAGGGUUUUUUCAAACCUAUGACUGAACUCAUAAAGACACAUGGCAGAGUUUGUGGGUAUUAUUUGGCCCGCAGACCAGUGGUGGUGGUAGCAGACCCUGACAUGCUGAGACAAAUUAUGGUCAGGGACUUCAGCAGCUUUCCAAACAGAAUGACUAUACGCUUUGCCACCAAGCCCAUGAGCGACUGUCUGCUCAUGUUGAGGAACGAACACUGGAAGAGAGUACGGAGCAUCCUGACCCCGUCAUUCAGUGCUGCCAAGAUGAAGGAGAUGGUUCCGCUCAUCAACACAGCCACCGAUGCCCUGAUGAACAACUUGAAUGUUUAUGCUGAGUCGGGAGAGGCCUUUGACAUCCACAAGUGUUUUGGCUGCUUCACCAUGGAUGUCAUCGCCAGUGUGGCAUUCGCAACACAGGUGGACUCGCAGAACAACCCUGACGACCCGUUCGUCCGCCACGCACAGAUGUUCUUCUCCUUCUCUUUCUUCAGGCCCAUCAUGCUGUUUUUCAUUGCUUUUCCUUUUUUGGCGGCUCCUCUGGUGGGACUCAUCCCCAACAAAAGACGCGACGAGAUGAAUCAGUUCUUCAUCAACAGCAUCCAGAAGAUCAUCAAACAGAGAGAGGAGCAGCCUCCUGAACAGCGGCGCCGAGACUUCCUUCAGCUGAUGUUGGAUGCGAGAACCAGCAAGGAGGCCAUGUCUUUGGAACACUUUGACACUUUGACAGCAAAAUCUGCCAGUGACCUCGAUCACAGGAACCAGCAGACACAACCGUCCACCUCCAAUCAGGACGACCGUCCUCACCCACAGGAGCCCCCCACCAGGCGUGCACAGAAGAAGAUGAUGACGGAGGAUGAGAUCGUGGGUCAGGCUUUUGUCUUUCUGCUGGCAGGCUACGAGACCAGCAGCAACACGCUGGCCUUCACCUGCUACCUGCUAGCCAUCAACCCUGAGUGUCAGAGAAAAGUACAGGAAGAGGUGGACGAUUUCUUCACCAGACAUGAGUCACCAGAUUAUGCAAAUGUCCAAGAGCUGAAGUACAUAGACAUGGUCAUAAGUGAAGCUUUGCGCCUCUAUCCGCCUGGAUUCAGGUUUGCAAGAGACAUCGACCAGGACUGUGUGGUGAAUGGCCAGCUCCUCCCUAAAGGAGCAACGCUUGAGAUCCCAGCAGGCUUUCUCCACUACGACCCCGAGCACUGGCCAGAGCCUGAGAAGUUCAUCCCUGAGCGAUUUACACCAGAGGCCAAAGCCAGACGACAUCCAUUUGUGUACCUGCCGUUCGGGGCUGGUCCCCGUAACUGCGUGGGGAUGAGGCUCGCCCAGCUGGAAAUCAAGAUGGCUCUGGUGCGUGUGUUCCGCAGGUUCAGCGUUGUGGCCUGCUCUGAGACCAAGGUUCCUCUUGAGUUGAAGUCUUCGAGCACUCUAGGACCGAAGAAUGGCAUCUUUGUGAAAAUUCAACGCAGAGACCUGGGAGAAUGUCAGGCGACUACUCCAGCUGAGGAUUAGACACUCGCGUUCAUCUUAUUGAAUGGUGGCAACAAUCUUAAAGAGUUACAAAGCAUUAUUACAAGUCCAGGUGCUGGGUCUGUUAGCACUUUGGACCUUUUCCAUACAUGAACAUAUUUCCAUAGGUAACCUAACCCUGAUCAACUUACUUGUCCAUCAUAGUGCUUGUUUAGUGCCUUUCUUCUUGAGAGUGAACUGGAAACAGGAUGGAAGAUGAUAAACAGCAUUGCUUUACGAUGAUAAUUUGCACAAAAAGCGUGAGUGGUUUAGGUCCCUCUGAACUCCCCACUGUUGGCUCCAUAUGUUGCUUUGCUAUUAUAUAAUAAGGGAGAAAGGGGGAGGUGGAGGACAAGUGAAUAAUCAGGAGGGAGUGAAAAAAGAAAGAAAUGAGACAUGCUUGACUUAAGAGAGAGGACCUCUCAGCCUCCUACCUCAGUAUUUAGCAAUGAUUAUGAUUUUUUAACAGGUUACAUCUUUUCAUUAACCAUACACCUGAACUACGAAUUUGUUUUGACUUCAAUCAGGUUACCAUUUUUCUUCUUUGCACUGUGUAACUUUGAUUCUUUUAUUACUUUUUAAGUGCAUUUAAUAUUUUAAUUUAUGUUAUUGUCUUCCCAAGUUACUGCAGUUAAUUCAAUGAACAGCUGAAAAUGCAGAGAUUGAUCCUGGAUGCUGUGGUUAAAUGUAAUAAUGAUAUAAAAUAGUAAACUGGCAGCUGAUUCUGAAAGUUUGCACAUUCCUUCACCAAAUGAGCCGUCUGUUGUUGAGCUGAGCUGCUCUCUUUGCUGCUUCUACCCAGGAAUGAUUGUUAACUACAGUAUGUAAUAAUUAACCAGCAGUCACAGAUGUCCAAAAUAAGCAGGACAGGGAACUGAACGUGUUUUGGCAGGAGGAUGGUUUGUCGCUUGUGAUCAGCGUUACUGAAUACAUUUAAAUAUAUAAAUGACUGAUACUGUCCUGU